CCUUUUGUUACAAUCAUGUGUCAAAUCUUUUCUUUUGAGCUCAGAGUCUAUCGAAAACAAUCUCUCCGCCUCACAAAAAUAGGAGUAAGGUUUGCAUAUAUCUUACCAUCCCCAAACCCCACUCGUGAUAUUACACUGGGUCUACAGAAGAAUGUCUGACAGAAAAGAAUCAGCUUUAGAUUUGUCAAAAUUUAUUGACAAGGCUGUGGAAGUCAAGCUUACUGGUGGAAGACAAUUGGUAGGAACACUUAAAGGCUAUGAUCAGCUGUUAAAUGUUGUGUUGGAUGAAGCCAUAGAGCACCUUAGAGAUUCCGAUGAUCCCCUGAAGAGUACCGAUGAGACACGACGUCUUGGCUUAAUAGUGUGCAAGGGUAGUGCAGUAAUGCUUGUGGCUCCAGAAGAUGGUACAGAUGAGAUAUCCAAUCCUUUUGUCCAACCAAAUGGGGCAUAGAGGUAUCUGCCUUAUUAUUUCGAAUUUAGCAACUACAAUUUUGUAAACAGUCUGCACUUGGAUUAAUCUGUUUCAGAGGCGGAGCCACAAUUUUUUGUUUCUAGGUUCUGGACCACAAGUCUUUUUGCUUACUGAGUUUUGAACUUUUCAUUCGUUGUCAUUCAGAGCUAUAGUGUUCAACUUCUAUCUGAGGCUACUUAGGAUGGUCUUUUUAGUGGAAAUUGGAGAUAACUUGAUAUUACAUGGAAUCACAUAUGUAAUUUCUCCGUUUUGCAUCAUUGAUCCAUUCAUUGUUGAUAUUGAAAAAAUAAUUAACAAAGUAUGUUCAUCGUCUAA